AUGGGCACUGUACUCUCGUUGUCCCCGACCCCCGGUAAGGCUGGACCCCUGGAUGACAAGAAGGCAGAUCCAUCCGGAGUGGGCUAUUCGGCCAUCCCUAACAGCAAGAACGGAGGUAGCAAGGCAGAGAAGAGCCUGAAGAGACACUCAGUGCUGAUCUCCGCCCUGACUUGGAAGCGACUGGUAGCAGCAUCGGCGAAGAAGAAAAAUGCUAAGAAGAUCAACCCUAAUCCGGGGCCCAUUAAUGGCCCUUUACUGCCCAACAACAAUCCUGUUGAACAGCUGAACCACGAGAACCUGCGCAAGUCCCAAGCCAGCCCCGGGCGCAGAGAGCCGAAGCCCGUACCGGUUCCUACCGUGCCCCCCGGCUCUUCCGACGGCCAGAAGGUCCCACAACACCAGCUAGUGGCCGUGCAGAAGCAACCAAGUGGCCGCUCUCUAUGCUCGCCACGACGGGUCAUUGUCCAAGCCUCAACUGGAGAGCUGCUGAGAUGUCUUGGUGAAUUCGUCUGCCGCCGCUGCUACAGGUUGAAAGAACUCAGUCCUGGGGAACCCACUAUGUGGUUCCGAAAUGUUGAUCGCUCAUUGCUUCUUCAGGGUUGGCAGGACCAAGGAUUUAUCACCCCUGCUAACCUAGUGUUUGUAUAUCUGCUCUGCCGAGAGGCCAUCUGUGACGAUUUGGCCAGUGAGUUUGAGUUGCAAGCCUCCUUCCUCACCUGCCUCUACUUGGCUUACUCAUACAUGGGCAAUGAGAUCUCAUAUCCUCUGAAGCCUUUCCUGGUAGAGACCGAUAAAGAAGUCUUCUGGCAACGAUGUCUGAGCAUCAUUGACCGUAUGAGUGCCAAAAUGCUGCAGAUCAACUCUGACCCCCACUUCUUCACCCAGGUCUUCCAAGAUCUGAAGAAUGAGGGGGAGACAAGGGAAUCUAAUGGCCAUUGGACUAUAAACCUGGACCGUUAGGGAGGAAGUAUGGGCUUGGGAGGUAGGCAGGGAUGGCAAAAGACAAUAUUAGGUAUAACCAAGAUAUGUGCACGAUCAACUUGAAGAACAGGGCAAGGAGGUCCAGUUCAGUAGGUUGCUGCCAGGACUAUAGACAUUUCAAAGCUGGGUUCACUGCUAUGACGCACUAGUUAAGUGGUGUCUGACAACCAAACUCUGGAGUGAUUUUACACCAUCAAUGGAAAACCUCCAUUAGUGGAGGAACAUGUUAAUUUAAUUUACUAUGUUAUAAUGGAACUAUACGUUGUAGGUCUGUUACAUUUAAUUUUAACUUAUCAGGACCAUACCUCAAGACAGUAGCCACAAGUCUUGUUUGAAUAAUUAUAUACAUUACCUUUUAUCUAGACACUGAUGGAAUCUAAUUACACUCUGGCCAAUCUAGUGGCAGUAAAUGACACCAGAUGGUAGAAAUUUCCUUCUCACCCCCUUCCUAAUGCAGGCUGUUUGUGUAUUCCCUGCUAUUGAUAUGGCAUAUUCAACUGCAUUGGGGGGGGGGCUGCACUACACACUUCCUUUUCCUUUAUACUCACCCCAAAGCAGAGGUUGUCACUUAGUUCUGGUGAACAUUCCUAGACUAUAAUUUCCUGAGACCUUAUAAUAUUAACACUAUUCAUACAAAGAAUGAUGUAUAGCUAUAAAAACACCAGGCGUAAAUGAUUCUCUGUGCUACUGUGAAUCACAGUAAAUGGAGAGCUUUCUGUAUUUUUAUAAACAUGCAUGUGAUUGUAAGUUAUUAGUGUUAAGUAUAGAUUUUGAAGGGAGAGAUCAGGAACCUUUUCAAAACCAUGUAUAUUUAGGAAUCCGCUUCAUUUUCUCAGCUGCAAGCUACACCUAUGUUUUGUUUUCUUUCUUUGUCAUUGGAGCUGAGACUUUCUAGCUGUCCAUGGUCCUGGUCUUGGAAGACAUUUCUGUUAACAAACACCUCAUAGUAUGUAUGAAUGUAACAAAUAGAAAUGGAACAUACAAUAUGUUGCAAUAGGAUUGACAAUGAAGCUGUUCAAUGUGCCAACAGUGUUCAAAUGUACAAAAAACGUAUUGUUUUAUAUUGUAUAUUUAAAAGCAGAAGAAAAAUAUCAUAAAAUGA